AUGGCGACGAAGCUACUGCUAGCACUCGGUGCGCUCGGCGUUUGCGAUGGCUUCCGCGCCGCCGUCGCGCCGGCGGCCCGCGGUGCGCCGCUCCAGCAGACGACGAACAAGAUGCCCGAGAUUCCCGCGUCCAUGGCGGAGCCGGGACUGAAGGUACCGGCGACGGCCUGGAAGUGGCCGCGGUCCUGGCCCUACGGCAAGGACGGCUUCCGCAAGGAGGAGGGCCUCGUCGAGGAGGUCCUCGAGGGCGCGCCGAUCCUCGACGCCGCCGCCGGCGAGGCGCUCGGCGGCCACCUCGUGCGCCACCUCGAGUCCGGCGCGGGCAAGGUGCUCGAGAUCGACGGCUCGUGCAGCGGCGCGUCCUACAUUCCCGCCGACGGCGGCGGCGAGGAGCUCUGGUUCCCGCCGAACGAGGUCGUCAAGGCCGACGCCGCCGCCGUGCUCCAGGAGGGCGGCGUCCUCGAGUACGCCGACGAGUCGUUCGACGCCGUCGUGCUCUACAGCGCCGCGGAGCUGGUGACGUCGCCCCGCGCGACGUUCCGCGAGCUCUGGCGCGUGCUCAAGCCCGGCGGCCGCGCCAUCGUCGCCUUCAGCGCCGCGCGCUGCUCGCCGGGCGGCCACGCGGCGCAGCAGACGCAGACGUGGCGCGACUACAACGACGCGCAAAGGCUCUGGGUCGUCGGCUCCUUCUUCCACUUCAGCGCGGGCGCGCCGGCCGCGGCCAUGGUCGCGACGGACGACGAGCGCGCCCAGCAGCUCUGGGGCGCGGGCUGGCGGGGUCUGCGGGGCUACGACUACUUCUCGGACGCCGACGACGGCUCGGAGAACAACCCCAUCGCGAAGCUCGCCAAGGAGAAGGCCAAGGAGGCGUCGUCGGGCACGCCCCUCUUUGUGGUGAUGGCCGACCGCGCGCGGGACGUGCCCGCGGGCGCGGGCGCCGCCGCCGCGGCGGACAACGCGCUCUGGAACGUCGACCACAUGGAGGAGGACGACAAGCGAUUGUGCGCGACGCGGCUCAUCCAGCUCAUCGAGGACAACGAGCCCGACUUCGGCCGGCGCGAGGCGCUGGCGGCCCAGGCGACGCGCAUGCUCCCGGACAUCUACGAGGUCAUCAAGCCCAUGGCCGUCGUCAUCGCGACGCCGCUCCUGGCCCAGUUCUCCGCGAACGUCGCCUGCCGCUGGGACCCGGCCUCCGGCGCGCAGCGCAAGGCGCUCAAGGAGGGCCUGGGCAUGGCGACGCCCCGCGACGGCUUCUGGAAGCCCCUGGGCGACACGACGGCGGCGCUGUCCGUCGACGACAAGCUCUGGCUUCUGGCGGACUGCCUGCCGCACUUCCAGACGUACGGCGACGACGAGGACGCGGUGCCGCCGGCGCUCGCGGCGCUGCUGCGGGGUGCGGGCGAGUCCGGCGCCGACGAGGGCGGCGUGCUCCAGCGCGCGCUGGCGCUCAUCGGGGAGAAGCUGCCCGCGUUCGAGGACCAGCCGAAGCAGCUCCUCGCGAUCGAUCUGUGCGCGCGCGACUACCUCGCGGGCGCCUUCGGCGCGGCGUCCACGGCCGAGGCGCUGGCCGAGGGCGACGCCUUCCUCGCCUGGCUCGGCGCCCAGACCGCCGACGACCUCGAGCAGCUCGCGGAGCAGCGGAAAAGUUACCGCGAGGACGCGACGGAGAACGCGGAGCUCGCGGACCUCGACCCGGAGGCCGCGGCGAAGAAGAAGGACGACGAGCGCCGCGCCAAGCAGGUCGAGGCCAUGCUCGCCGACAUCAUGAAGAACAAGGGCGGCGACGACGGGCCCGCCGACCACGCGGAGUCGCCGAAGAACGGCGACGCCGUCGGCGUCGGCACGCCCCUCUUCGGGAAGAAGAAGUAG